AUGAUGAUCACCGGAGACAACAAGGGCACAGCCGAAGCCAUCGCUCGCAAGCUUGGAAUUCUGGCUGGAACAGACACCGUAGUCCACAAGUCUUUCACAGGAAAAGAUUUCGAGAAUUUGUCCGACAGCGACAAGGUGAAGGUCUUGCAACACAUCAUGGCACAGAAAGAUGUCGAAGGAGCUGUAUUUUCCAGGACAGAACCGAAGCACAAGCAGCUGAUCGUGAAGAUCCUGAAGCAACUCGGUGAGAUCGUCGCGAUGACCGGAGAUGGGGUCAACGAUGCCCCAGCCCUUAAGCAGGCGGACAUCGGCAUCGCGAUGGGUAUGACAGGGACAGAAGUUGCAAAAGAGUCAGCAGACAUGGUUCUUGCGGAUGACAACUUCUCGACGAUUGUGGCUGCAGUGGAAGAGGGAAGAUCCAUCUACAAUAAUAUGAAGGCGUUCAUCCGCUACUUGAUCUCUUCGAAUAUAGGAGAGGUCGCUUCCAUCUUCCUUACAGCAGCCUUGGGCAUCCCGGAAGGCUUGGCUCCAGUGCAGUUGCUUUGGGUGAACCUGGUCACCGACGGUCUUCCUGCUACUGCACUUGGCUUCAACCCCCCCGAUCUCGACGUGAUGUACCGACAGCCCAGGCGAUCAGACGAUGCGCUGAUCUCUGGCUGGGUGUUCUUUCGAUACAUGGUGAUUGGCAUCUAUGUCGGUCUCGCAACCGUGGGCAUCUUCAUUUACUGGUACUGCUUUGACGAGAGCCCCGAUGGUCACACCCUGGUGAGUCUCUCUGAGCUGAUGGGCUGGAGCCAGUGUGCUCAAUGGCAAACGUUUCUACCCAUGCCUUGUUUGGGACAGACGUUUCAUGGUGAGCCAUGCAGCUAUUUCACAGCUGGCAAAGUUAAAGCAUCAACGCUUUCGCUGACCGUUCUAGUCAUCAUCGAGAUGCUGAAUGCCUUCAAUGCGCUUUCAGAGGAUGGAUCCCUACUGCAACUGUCUCCGUGGACAAAUCCCUGGCUGGUUUUGGCCUGCUUGGGUGGCUUGGUCAGAGACAUCCUAUAUUUCUACGUCUCCCGCUGCGGGCGCGUUGCAUUUAUGUCUGCCACGCAUGCUACGCGCAUGAGACAUGUUAAAUGCAAUGCGACUGUACUCAAGAAUGGUGCAUGCCUGCUCAGUAGUACACGGGUGUGA